UUAUGCUAAAAACACGAAGGUGAAAAAGAAGUCACAUACCUUUGUAUUGUGAUUCGAUUUUUUCACAACAAAGGACUGAGAAUUCACAACCUCCACCAAAGUAACAACACUCCUAAACCGAAACAACACUGUUAGUGAUGGAUAACGCUUUUGCGAGCGCUUCUGCGAUUACAGACCAAAGGCAAAAGAUAGAGCAGUAUAAGCAUAUUCUUUCCGCUGUGAUUUCAUCAAAUGAUAUCGGUCAAGCUAGAAAGUUCAUAGAUCACAUAUUAUCAGAUGAUGUUCCUUUAGUAGUGUCGCGGCAGCUUCUGCAGGGUUUUGCUGAAGAGUUGGGAAGAUUGACGCCGGAGACGCAGAAAGAGAUUGCUCAUUUCAUACUUGCUCAGAUUCAGCCUCGAGUUGUUUCCUUUGAAGAACAGGUUUUGGUUAUUAGAGAGAAAUUGGCUGAGCUUUAUGAAUCUGAGGAGCAAUGGUCAAAAGCCGCCCAGAUGCUCAGUGGUAUUGACCUAGAUUCAGGAAUGAGGGUAAUUGAUGAUACAUUCAGAUUAUCAAAGUGUGUCCAAAUUGCCUGUUUAUAUCUUGAGGAUGACGAUGCUGUUAAUGCUGAAGCUUUCAUUAAUAAAGCAUCAUUCUUGGUUAGCAAUAGCCAGCAUGAAGUGCUGAAUUUGAAGUACAAGGUUUGCUAUGCAAGGAUCUUAGAUCUGAAGAGGAAGUUCUUGGAGGCUGCCUUACGAUAUUAUGACAUUUCUCAAAUUGAGAAAAGGCAAAUAGGAGACGAGGAAAUUAAUGAGGAAGCACUUGGGCAAGCUUUAUCUGCUGCCGUUACAUGCACAAUAUUGGCAGGCGCAGGGCCUCAACGUUCCCGUGUUCUUGCCACAUUGUACAAGGAUGAGCGAUGUUCAAAGUUGAAGAUCUAUCCCAUACUGCAAAAGGUGUAUUUGGAAAGAAUUCUUCGAAGGCCUGAAAUUGAUGCUUUUGCAGAAGAAUUGAAACCACAUCAGAAAGCCCUUCUUCCAGACAAUUUCACUGUGCUGGACCGAGCAAUGAUUGAGCAUAAUCUUCUCAGUGCAAGCAAACUUUAUACUAAUAUCAGCUUUGACGAGUUAGGCACACUACUGGGAAUCCCACCUCCCAAGGCUGAGAAGAUAGCUUCACGGAUGAUUUAUGAGGAUAGGAUGAAGGGAUCUAUCGAUCAGGUUGAAGCUAUCAUACAUUUUGACGAUGACACUGAAGAGUUGCAGAGAUGGGACCAGCAGAUUGUUGGCCUAUGUCAAGCUCUCAACGAUGUUUUGGAUAGUAUGGCUAAGAAGGGCAUUCCAGUUCCUGUUUGACUUGGAUUAUUGCCAAUUUCUCAUGAUUUGGAAUUACACAGAUACGGUUUAUCUAAAGUGUUUAUAUGGUCACUUCUUCUGUUUAAUUCUGAAGUUCAUCUCAGUUGUGCUGGAUAUAAAUAUGCUACAAAUAGAUAGAUAGAUACAUUAGGUUUCUCAUGUAUUGAAAUUACAGAUUCGGUUUAUCCAGAAAGUUUAUAUGGCCAUUUCGACUUAGGUUAA